UAUGACCAUGUUUAAAAGAUGCUUCUUGUGCUGUAGUCAUAUAAACGUCUUCAACUUUGCCAUCACAUAGCCUGUAUUCGCUCAGGUUUCGUCCCUACGUCACUACACAAGCCACGAACAUGGGGGUAGGCGAUAUCUCGAUCCGCUCCAGCGAGCGUCCUGAGACGGGCAGCGUCAACAUACCAGUUGGUGUGUUCCCAGCGUCGUCAAAGAGCGAUUCAGUCGAUGCACACAGGGUUGCGAACGAGAUAGUCACACGGUUCAACGAUGCGCUUGCGAAGCGAGAUCAUGCAGCGAUUGCAGACCUUUUCUGCAAAGACAAUAGCUACUGGAGAGACCACUUGGCCAUGACUUGGGAUCUGAGAACUGCGAAGGGCAGCUCCGAAAUCAAGAAGUACUUGGACUCUAGCAAGGUCCGGCUGGAAAAAGUCGAAGUGAGCAAGAGCUCGGAUUAUCGGGCGCCAAAGUUUGGAGCAAUCGAUGUUUUGGGCGACGUCAACGGCAUAAAUCUUUUUGUGACCUUCGAAACAAGUGUUGGGCGUGGCGAGGGUGUCAUGAAUCUCACGGAUGACAGCGGGCAAUGGAAAGUGUUUACGCUCUACACCUUGCUAAAGGAGCUCAAGGGUCAUGAAGAGCCGCUGGGGCACCGACGGACGAAGGGUGUUAAGCAUGGCGGGGACCCAGCCAGAAAGACCUGGAAGGAGACCCGGGAUGCGGAGAAAGAAGAGAUUGACCCGAAGGUGUUGAUUCUAGGUGCUGGACAGGGUGGUCUGACAGUUGCUGCACGCCUGAAGAUGCUCAACAUUCCUGCACUCAUGGUGGAUCAGAACGAAAGAGUUGGCGAUAACUGGCGCAAGCGGUACCGGCAACUCGUACUGCACGACCCAGUGUGGUACGACCAUAUGCCCUAUGUACCUUUCCCAGCACAUUGGCCUAUCUUUACCCCCAAGGACAAGCUCGCUGAGUUCUUCGAAGCUUACGUGAAUCUGCUCGAACUUAACGUAUGGACUUCUACGAGCCUCAAAUCAACGUCGUGGGAUGAGGGCAAGAAGCAGUGGACCAUGACUGUCGAGCGUCGGAAAGCAGAUGGAUCCGUUCAAACGCGGACUUUGCACCCGAAACACAUCGUGCAGGCAACUGGUCAUUCAGGCGAGAAGAAUUUCCCCCAGAUCAAAGGCAUGGAAAGCUUCAAAGGCGACCGGCUAUGCCACAGCUCUGAGCAUCCUGGCGCGAAUCCAGAAUCUAAAGGCAAGAAGGCUAUUGUUGUAGGGUGCUGUAAUUCCGGGCAUGACAUCGCGCAAGACUUCUUCGAGAAAGGGUACGACAUUACUAUUGUGCAGCGCAGUACAACAUGCGUUGUCUCCUCCGAAGCCAUCACCGACAUCGGCAACAAGGGUUUGUACGAUCAAGAUGCGCCGCCCGUUGACGAUGCCGACCUUACUUUCUGGGGCUUGCCAAGCGAGCUUCUGAAGGCACAGCAGAUCAAAGUCACUAAGAUCCAAGCUGAUCAUGACAAGAAGAUCCACGACGGCCUUCGCGCAGCUGGCUUCGUUGUUGACAGUGGGCCAAUGGAUUCAGGUCUUCUUAUCAAGUAUUUCCAGCGCGGUGGCGGCUACUACAUCGACGUCGGAGCAUCUCAACUCAUAAUUGAUGGGAAGAUCAAGGUCAAGCAAGGCCAGGAAAUUGCGCAAAUUCUACCAGAUGGAAUCGAAUUCGCGGAUGGUGAUAAGCUGGAGGCCGAUGAGAUCGUGUUCGCGACUGGGUACCAAAACAUGCGCACGCAGGCACGUAAGAUCUUUGGCGAUGAAGUAGCGGACCGCGUCAGCGACGUGUGGGGAUUCAACGACGAAGGUGAGUUCAGAACCAUGUGGCAAAAGAGCGGUCAUCCUGGGUUGUGGUUUAUGGGUGGUAAUCUGGCACUCUCAAGGUUCUACAGUCGGAUACUAGCGUUGCAGAUCAAGGCUGUAGAAGAAGGCAUGAUAGAAGAUGCUGAAGGUGCGAAGGCAAGGCUGUAGUGAUAUGUGACUACCAUAGAACCACAAAAAGGGCCGCGGAGGUUCAACGCACCUGGUUCAAUCAGCUAUCCGAAGCC